AUGUACAAGCUCGUUUUCAUCAACGGCCGCCCGCGCGACAAACCCGCCCACUGCCAGGCGUGCGGCCCCACUGGCCGGGUGGUAGCUCUGGAGCCGACCCCCGCUGCCGCCGCAGCCUGUCGCGACAAUGUGGUGCGCCACGCGGUGUGGUGCGCGGCUCGCGGCGUGGGGGUAGCCCCGGUGGAGGUGGUGGAGGCUGCAGCGGGGGACGGCAGCUGCGGAGAAGCUGAGUUUACGAUCUAUGAGCGCGCGUCUGGCUGGUCAUCCAUGGCGCCGGAUGACGACGAGACCGCGGCCAACAUGGAGGCAUACAUCGAGCAGCGGCUGGAAGCCAUAGGGGCGGCUGGCAGCGGCGGCGGCGGCGGGGGCAGCGGCGAGGGCGGCGGGGCCGGAAGCCUUGUGGCGGCAGCGGGCACUGCAACGGCAUUUGCGGCGGCGGCUGCGCCCGAGAGUCGGGCAGCGGAGGAGGAGGCCCCGGUUGGGCUGGUGGAGCGGUUACUGCUCCCCGUGGCGGCGGCUCUGCGGCGGCAGCCGCUCGGCCGCGGCGCCCUGCGGUUGCUUGAGCGCGCCUACAUACGGCUCGUCCUCAUGGGGGGCCGGCAGCACGUGCGCUGCCGCGUCGUGGCACUUGGACAGCUGUUCCAGGAGCUCCGGAUUGAGCGUGUCUCCCUCCUGAAGGUGGACGUGGAGGGCGCUGAGCUGGACGUGUUGAGGGGCCUGGGCCAUGACGGCUGGGCCAGGGAGGAGGCGGCGCGGCAGUACGCCUGGAUGGUCCACAAGCUCAAGGGCGCCGAGGCCUCGGCGCAGUGCCAGGUGCCGCCGACGCCAUCCGAGGUGGCGCGCCUGGACGCGAUUUCCCUGGAGCAGCUGCUUGCGGAGUUCAGGGCCUCAGCGGAGGUUUUCUCGCGCGGCCGCAGCAGCGCGUACCGCGGCGUCAGCUGGCACAAAACAUCUAAGAAGUGGUUUGUACAAAUCUGCAACCCUUCUGCUGAUGGCAAGAGAGAGCGGACCUUCCACGACACUGAGGAGGCGGCGGCCCUCUGCUACGACGCCAAAGCUCGCCAGUACCAUGGCUCAAAAGCCAAGCUUAAUUUCCCGCUGCCAGGGGACCCAGGGUACGUGGCAUCGUCCCCGGCGGCGCCCGCACCAGCAGUGCCCGCAUCAGGCGGUCCUGCCGUGCUGCCCGCGCAGGGCUCGGGCGCGGCCGCCGAGGUGACAGCGGGGACAGAAGCAACCAGCGGCGGUGGCGGCGGCGUUGGUGUGGCGGCGGCAGCUGGUCUCAAUGGCAGUGGCUUGACGUGGGGCAAGCUUGUGAGCUUCAACCCCCAGAAGGUGCUGGAUCCUGCUGAGUACGAGCGGCUGUCAAAGAUUGCCACGACAGUGGAGGUGCCGCCCGAGGUGACCACCCUCCCAGAGCGAAACCUGGAGGGACUCCUGGCUGACCUGGACCAGGACAACCCUGACAGUGCCCCGCUCAUCAAGCGCUACAGCAGUGCUCUUGAGUGGUGCCGGGCCCGCAGGGCCGCCUGGGAGGAGCACACCAAAAGCGGCCAUUGGUAUGUGUACCCGGCCCUGGGCCCAGACCCAGAGCCACUGCAGGCGGCCGGCGGCGGCCAGGAUCGUGGGGCGGGCGCGGCGGCAGAUGCAGGGGCAGCGGGCGCGCAGGCCCCGAAGUUUCCGCCGCCACCGCAAGGGCCCGCCCCAACGGACGUCCCCGCCAGCUGCGGCGACGGCAGUGACGGCGGCCUGGCGGGUGCCAGUGGCGAUGGUGCGACAGCUGCUCUCGCGGCUUUGGACGGAGGCGAGGCGGGGAGCGGGCAGGCAGACAGCGCGCUAGAGAGGGAUACCGCGCAGGAGCAGCCGGCGCUGGCUGGCCAGACUGGUGUCGAUCAGGACUUGGCGGCAGGCGCAGUGGCUGCAGCGGGCGCAGACAGCGCGGGCGAUGCGGUGGUCGGAGCUGUGGGUGUGCCGGAGGGAGCGGCAGCUGGGGAGGGGGACGCAGCUGUGGGGGUGCUGGGCGCGGCUGCAGAAGGUGGCGGCCGGCCGCCUGUCGACCCUGGGCUGAUGAGCAGCUCUUCUGAUGAGCUGGCCUCCUGUUGGAGCAGUGGAGACGAUGACGAGGGGUCUGGGGCGCAAUACUCAGCCCCGGACUUCGCCGCCGAAUGGGCAGCGGCGUUCCCCUUCACAUCCGCCGGCCGCCAGUGGAGCAGCCUCGUGGUGUAUGCGCCAGACAGGGAGGAUGCACGGCGCCAGGUGGUGUCCCUGUUUGAGCAGUACGAGCGGCGCUGCCUGCGCCUGCACCCAGACCGCCCCGCCUUCCACAGAUACCCCCAGGCGGGCCAGCCCGUGUACCCCCCGCGCGAGGAGGGCGGCGUCACCCGCGGCCGCAAGUGGGACGUGUACCGCGACUGCUGGCACAUCGCUGACAAGCACCCUCACUCUGAGGUCUUCUGGCUAGAUGAGUCAUGCACACACCAGUGGAUCCCAGGGCGGCGGGUGAUGGUGACGCGCGUCGACCCCAGGCGCCGCGAGGAGAUGGCACGGCACGCGGGCCAGAGGGCGGCGCUGAACAGAGAUGCAGCAGGCCCCCUGCCGCGCCUUUCAGAUGACUCAGAUAAUAGCAGCGACGAGGAGGGUAAUGAGAGCGGCUCAGGCCACGGCACUGAUGAGGAGAGGGGGGCGCGGCUGUCUCCCGCCCAGCUCAGCGGCGCAGAUGCACUGAUGGCCGCCGCAGCGGCCGCGGCGGCAGCGGCGCAGCCGCAUGGGCCUGGCACGGUCCCAGACGCUGGGCGCAACCCAGCCGACGCCGCGGCGGCGGCGGCGGCUGCGGAGCGCGUGGCCAGGUACAGCGCCCUCCGACAGAAGCGGCUGCUACGUGAGGCGGCCGCGCGCCGCGAACGCAGGGCGGCGCGUGCGGCGGUUGGCCGGCCGGCGGAGAGCUCCGAUGAGGGCGGCGACGAGGAGGAAGAGGAGGAGGUGGAGCGGGAUGCACGCGGGGGUGCAGACGGCGGUGUGGGGGGCGGCGAGGGGGGGCAUGCAAACAAGCGGGUGCGCCGGGAGGAGUUGAGGAUCGACCCGCGGCCGUGGGAUGAGGUGAUGGCGGAUGAGGGGCCCGAGGUCUCGUGCGGCGACGACGCGGGCGGCGGCAGCGGCGGGGCCGGUCGCGAUGCCGUCAGCGGCGGCACUGACCAGGGCCCGAGACGGCGGCAGGCUGGAGGCGCCGAGAAGGGGCAGGAGGGGCGGAGGGGGCACGGCGGGCAGCAGCAGGCGGCGGGUCAGCAGGAGGAGGGGCUGCAGCAAGAGGAGGCGGCCAGGCGGCAGCAGCACAAAGAAGAUCUACGGGAGGGCCGCAUCAUGGCACAGUCCAUAGAGGAGUGGACGCCCCUGCCAGAGUCAUACUUUGACUACCCGCCGCCCGGCGCCCCGCGCCCCUCCCGCCACGCGCCGCUGGCGGCGCUCGCUGAGUCAGCGCUGUCCGGCCUCCGCGGCCGCCCGCAGCUCUCGGCCCGCGCGCGGGCGGCUGCCGCGGCGGGGCUGCCGGCGCCGGCGCGGCCGGCCGUGGAUUCCAAGCGGCUGUGGCGGGGUAUCGACGUGCCAAAGUUGGCCAACAUCCCUGCUGGCAGUUUGUGGGGCACCCAGAUCUCGGAAGACAUGCGGGCGGUGGACAGCAGCAGCAGCGAUUACAGCUCCAGCGGCGAUGAGGAGCAGCGGGCGGCGCGGGACGAGGCGCGGGAGGGGGCGAAGGGGCUGGGGGCGGACGAGGAGGGCGCUGCCACGAUCAAGCGGCGGCCGUGA